AUGGCGUCGUUCCUCGAAAACACCUACAGUUUGGUCCAUUUGGACAACACUGCCGACCAACCGACUGUGCAGGAGCUGAAAUUGCAGCUGGAGAAGGGCAAUGAUGAAACCAAGUUGGAAACCAUGCGGACGAUUAUCACGAUCAUGCUCAAUGGCGACCCGAUGCCACAAAUCCUUAUGCACAUCAUUCGAUUUGUUAUGCCGUCUAAGAGCAAGCCGUUGAAGAAGCUGCUAUAUUUCUUCUAUGAAAUUUGCCCGAAGCACGACUCGACCGGCAAGCUGAAGCAGGAGAUGAUCUUGGUCUGUAACGGUAUUCGCAACGACCUUCAACACCCCAACGAAUAUAUCAGAGGAAAUACCCUUCGGUUCCUUUGCAAACUCCGCGAAUCGGAACUCAUCGAGCCCCUCCUUUCUUCCGCGCGCUCGUGUCUGGAACACCGCCACGCCUAUGUGCGCAAGAACGCAGUUUGGGCUGUGGCUUCUAUCUUCCAACACUCCGAACCUCUCAUCCCCGAUGCGCCGGAGCUGAUCCAGACUUUCCUCGACGGUGAAACUGACAGCACCUGCAAGCGCAAUGCCUUUGCGGCUCUCAUGUCCAUCAGCCACCAAAAGGCACUCGAGUAUCUGCGCACAACAUUCGACACCAUUCCCAACACAGAUGAGCUGCUCCAGCUAGCAGAGUUGGAGUUCCUCCGGAAGGAUGCAGUACAGAACACUCAGAAUAAGUCACGAUACUUGAAACUUAUGCUCGAGCUUCUCGAUGCUUCUACAAGCACUGUUGUUUACGAAGCCGCCACAUCUCUUACCGCCCUCACCAGCAACCCCGUCGCCGUUAAAGCCGCCGCAAGCAAGCUGAUUGAGCUCGCCAUUCGGGAAGCCGACAACAACGUCAAGCUUAUCUGUUUGGAUCGCGUGGACCAAUUGAGAAUUCGCAAUGAGGGUGUUCUGGAUGACCUGACCAUGGAAGCCCUGCGUGUCCUCAGCAGCCCUGAUAUUGAUGUCCGGAGAAAGGCCCUCAGCCUUGCCAUGGAGAUGGUCUCCAGCAAGAACGUGGAAGAGAUCAUCAUGCUCCUCAAGAAGGAACUUGCCAAGACCGUUGACGAACAAUAUGAACAAAACAGCGAGUACCGUCAACUUUUGGUGCAGUCAAUACACUCUUGCGCCAUCAAGUUCUCUGAAAUCGCCGCCAGCGUGGUUGAUCUGCUGAUGGACUUCAUUGCUGACUUCAACAACAACUCUGCCGUCGAUGUUAUCUCAUUUGUCAAGGAGGUUGUGGAGAAGUUCCCCGACCUACGUGGUUCGAUUGUGGACCGCUUGGUUUCGACUUUGAGCGAGGUCCGGGCUGGAAAGGUUUACCGUGGAGUUCUGUGGGUUGUUGGUGAAUACUCUUUGGAGGAGAAGGAUAUUCGUGAGGCUUGGAAGCGUAUCAGAACCAGCCUCGGCGAAAUUCCCAUCCUGGCAUCCGAACAGCGCCUUCUGGACGAGGUUCCUGAUGACAAUGCCCUGCUUCUGGAACACGCCAACGGUGCCAAGGCCGCACCUACUGGAUCUCGCAAGGUGCUUGCUGAUGGAACAUAUGCCACCGAGAGUGCUCUCACCAGCCAGUCGGCUGCUGCUGCUCGCCUAGAAGCCGUCAAGGCCGCACAGAAGCCCCCUCUCCGUCAACUGAUUUUGGAUGGCGACUACUACCUGGCGACUGUUCUCUCUUCAACUCUGACCAAGUUGGUUAUGCGCCAUUCCGAGGUUUCUCAGGACACUGCCCGUACCAACGCUCUCCGUGCCGAGGCCAUGCUGAUCAUGAUUUCAAUCCUCCGUGUUGGCCAAUCUCACUUCGUCAAGGCUCCCAUUGAUGAAGAUUCCGUUGAUCGCAUCAUGACCUGCGUGCGCUCCCUGGCAGAAUUCUCUGAAAAGAAGGAGCUCGAGGCCUCUUUCCUGCAGGAUACCCGAAAGGCGUUCCGCGCCAUGGUCCAGGUUGAGGACAAGAAGCGGGCUGCCAAGGAGGCCGUGGAGAAGGCUAAGACCGCUGUGCAGAUUGACGACGCCAUUCCCAUUCGUCAAUUCACCAAGAAGAACACCGUCGAGGGUGCUGAAGAGAUCGAGCUUGAUCUCGUCAAGGCCACCGGUGGUGACUCGACCGUGGAGAACAACGCUUCGAAGCUCAGCCGCGUGGUGCAACUCACUGGUUUCUCCGACUCGGUCUACGCCGAAGCCUAUGUCACCGUCCACCAAUUCGACAUUGUCCUUGAUGUGCUGUUGGUUAACCAGACUACUGAGACCCUACAGAACCUCUCUGUGGAGUUUGCAACCCUCGGUGACCUCAAGGUUGUUGAGCGGCCAUCCACCAACAACCUCGGCCCCCGUGAUUUCCUCAACGUCCAGGCUACGGUGAAGGUCUCCUCUACCGACACCGGUGUCAUCUUCGGUAACAUCGUCUACGACGGCGCCAGCUCCACUGAGACCCACGUGGUCAUCCUUAACGACAUCCAUGCCGACAUCAUGGACUACAUCCAGCCGGCCCACUGCACCGAGACCCAGUUCCGGACCAUGUGGACCGAGUUUGAGUGGGAGAACAAGGUCAACAUCAACUCCAAGGCCAAGACUCUGCGCGAAUUCCUCAAGCAGCUGAUGGAGAGCACCAACAUGGCUUGCUUGACACCUGAUGCUUCCCUCAAGGGUGACUGUCGGUUCUUGAGUGCUAACUUGUACGCUCGCAGUGUAUUCGGCGAGGAUGCACUGGCCAACCUGAGUAUCGAGAAGGAGGGAGACGAUGGGCCAAUUACUGGCUUUGUCCGGAUAAGAAGUCGCUCGCAGGGCCUAGCACUGAGCCUGGGCUCUCUGAAGGGCCUCAAGGCGGCGACUGCAUAA